GAGAAGCGUGUGCUGCGUCCAGGGGAGCUGCUCGGUGGCGGGGGCGCUUCGCCGUGGGGGUGGGGGGAAUGCAGACUCUCGCAGGGCAGAUCGGGAGCGAAUGGUCCCUCCGGCCUCCGCCCCGCGGGGAGAAGUCGCAGCUGAGGAGGAGGCGCGGCCGCCACCGUCGAGCCAAGUCAGAGUCAGACCUGAGGGAUGUAGCCCCCCUCCCGGCUGGGGCCCAGCUAGCCCUGGGCGGUGCUUGGCCUGCGGAUCCCUCCAGGAAAGGGGGCUCAGCACGGCACUGCCUGGUGCAGAUGGAUACCGGGGACCGCGGUCCGCAGCCGGGACGAGGCGCGGAGCAGUUCCGGGGGUCAGGUCCGGGAGCCGGGACCCUAAAGGCCAGCUGGAUAGAGGCCACGUGGGGCCUCUGCUUACACCUCUGGUUCUGGAGACGAGUUGCUGGAAUUUUGAUUGCUGUUCCUGUGAUUUUACUCUUGAUCUGGUUUAGCUGGAGUCUUCCCAUAUUGCCUCACCUGGAGCCGUGCCGUGAUGACUGGCUAUACUACAGAAAGAAAUGUUAUUACCUCUCAGAAGAUCAAGCAGACUGGGAUUCCAGUCAAAGCUUCUGCUCUGCACAUGGGGCUUCUCUUGCUGUGAUUGAAAGCCAACAGGAAAUGAAUUUCAUAAUGAAUCGAAUGCGCACAAGAGACUCUUGGAUUGGGCUGCGCAAGAAAGGAGCCGAGUUCUACUGGGUGAAUGGAGAAACACUUAAUACGAGUCUAUUUCCUGUAUACCUAUCAGGUCAUGAAGAAUGUGCCCACACAGAUUCUAUCUCCAUUUCCACAUCAGAGUGCAGGUUACUCAGGAACUGGCUCUGCAGUGUGGGUCUGCCUCAGUCCAGCACACUUUCUCCAUAGGACACAACUUGAUGUAUAAAUCCAUGGACUUUCUUCACAUGUGGAUCACUGGCCUGUAGUCCACAAUACUUGAACAUUUUGAAAUUCAGGAUCACAGUAGCAGCAGAGAAAACAGAGCCAUUGUGGGAGGGUUCAUGAAUGCACAUCUUCAGUGCCAGCUGGAUAGUGAUAAAGAGAAUAGUCAUCCCUACAUGGAGAAGAAUGAUAAUUCCUACGGAAAGCUUGUAGGGUCCGGGGGAAGGGCUGAUAUGGUGAUAGCAAUUGUAGCAGACUUGAGUGAGUGGACAGGACACUGACCAUAAUGAGACCUAGGAAAUGACUGCAACACAAAUAUUUCCUUGUUUGAGCUUCAGCCCAGCUGAGAAGAAAGAUAAUAACGCAGGUAAAGCAAUCACUUCUCAGAGAGGGCUUCAAAGCACAGUCCUAGACCCAGCAAACCAUCUUUGCAUUUGUAAAGAGAAAUCUCACUUAUUGGGGACCUCAGUUCAGCAAUGAGACUACUGAAGGAAAUGAAGCUGGCCAGCCUCCUUGAGAACUCUGACAUGGAGCUCUAAAAAGAAUGAUGUAGAAUAAAUAGAUUUCUUGGAUGUGUAAAAUGUCACAAAACGGUUAUGUAAACUUUCUUACAAAGAUAAUGUACAGUGUCCCUCAUGCUUCUUGCUGUUUCUGUUUUAUUCAGGGUUUUGUAAUUCUGUACCUAAGAAUUUCAGAUUCAGCUUUGUGGUCCUGGUGUUUCAAAAACACCUAGGUGCUUAACACCUAUUGAAGUUAGGGACCUAGGCACAUUGAAAAUCCCACUACAUGCCUAUCUGCAUCUUUAAAUACCUUUAAAAAUCUGUCCUAUUAUUCUUCUCUUCCUCCCUCCCCGCUCCCACAAUCUUGUCUAAGACCUUGGAUUGUUAUAUCACCUUAAAUGUAGAUUGGAGACUGUUUGAUGCAGUGACAGUGUUUUUACUUGUUUGUUGAGGUGCCUCAUACAUCAUGAAAAAAUAAAUGUUAAUUAAAAAUGUUUUUAAAAUGCAAAAGGCAGCAUAUCUCAUAAUAAUUAUGAUCAGUGCCUAGGAUUUCUGUUACUUUUCGUCAGUAGAUCUCAAAGUAUGUUACAAAGGAGGUCGGUAUCCGUGACAUUCCCCUGGUGUUAUCUGGACUGGUGAUCUGCUAGGUCACUCCAAUCCUCAACUCUGGGAGCCAGCCUUACCCUGCUCUUCUGUGAGAACCCCACUCCUGGGCUGGUCACGCACAGCCUCUAGCACAGGGGUCGGUAAUCUUUCAGAAGUGGUGUGCUGAGUCUUCAUUUAUUCACUUUAAUUGAAGGUUUCACGUGCCGGUAAUACAUUUUCAUGUUUUUUAGAAGGUCGCUAUAAGUCUAUAUAUUAUAUAACUAAACUAAUAUUGUA